GCUCUCCUGGAAGGAAAAACUAUGAAGUCUUACUGUGUUUUCCUUUCCCCUUAUGCAUGGAUGAUAGGAAGAUGGAUCUAAUAGAUUUAUAGUUAUCAUUGUUUAAGCAAGCAACUCCAGAUUAUUUAUUCAACAAGUCUAAAAUCCAAGAUGUGACUCAUUGCUGCUGCCUGUGGAGCAGGUGACGGAUCAGAGCUGACCUCGCUGGGGGGCUGUAGCCGCAGGUGCUGCGCUGUCACAGGCAAUGCCUGGGAUGGAGGAGCGCAGAGAGGCACGCGUCGCAGGUCUGUGAUGUCAUCCCUCCCCGGAGUGCAGCAUGGUGGACCAACACUUUGUCACUGGGUCAAUGUAUAUAUAUGUAAGGCUAGCCAUGUGUAAGAAGAGAAAAGAAAUACUGGUACAUUCUUGGCGUCAAGAAUCCUGCACAUAAUGAAUGUCUCCAUGGGAAGAAGACUAGACAGGGUCAGAAUGAGCACCAUCUAAUGUCACAAAAUUCUUUUACAUCUUCAAUGAGAAAAAUGAAUUUUACAAACUGCACAGCAGAAACAAUUGCAAACAAAUCUAAGACGGUAACCGAAAAAAUGUUGAUUUCCUUAACAUUGGCUGUUAUCACUACUUUGACAACACUGUUAAAUUCAGCUGUCAUUAUUGCAAUUUGCACAACUAAGAAGUUACACCAACCUGCAAACUAUUUAAUAUGCUCUUUGGCAGUUACUGAUUUUCUUGUUGCCAUUUUAGUUAUGCCUUUAAGCAUUGCCUACAUAGUUAUGGACACUUGGGCCCUCGGUUAUGUGAUAUGUGAAAUAUGGCUUAGUAUUGACAUGACCUGCUGUACUUGUUCAAUCCUUCACUUAUGUGUCAUUGCACUUGAUCGAUAUUGGGCAAUUACUGAUGCUAUUGAAUAUGCCAGGAAAAGAACAGUUAAGCGAGCCGGAAUGAUGAUCCUAAUUGUAUGGACUAUUUCUAUUUUCAUUUCCAUUCCCCCGUUGUUCUGGAGAAAUCAUCAUAACAUAAGCAGUCCAAGUAGGUGUAUAAUCCAACAUGACCAUGUUAUCUACACAAUAUACUCUACAUUUGGCGCAUUUUAUAUCCCUUUGACGUUAAUACUUAUUUUGUACUAUAGAAUAUACCAUGCUGCAAAGAGCCUUUACCAAAAAAGAGGAUCAAGUCGACACUUGAGCAACAGGAGCAAUGACAGCCAAAAUUCAUUUACCCACUGCAAACUUACUCAGACGUUCUGUGUGUCUGAAUUCUCCACCUCAGAUCCCACAAUGGAAUUUGAGAAGAUCAAUGCUUGUGUGAGAACCCCAACAUUAGACAAUGACUUUGACUUUGCUGGUGAUCGUCAACAACAGAUAUCUAGUACAAGAGAGAGGAAGGCAGCCCGCAUAUUAGGACUUAUUUUGGGGGCUUUUAUGAUAAGUUGGUUGCCUUUUUUCAUCAAGGAACUUGCUGUUGGACUCCAGCUCUGCACUGUGUCCCCAGAAGUGGCAGAUUUCUUAACGUGGUUGGGUUAUGUGAAUUCGCUAAUUAAUCCACUUCUUUACACUAGUUUCAAUGAUGACUUUAAGAUAGCCUUUAAAAAACUAAUCAGAUGCAAAGAGCACUCAUAAAGUAUCCAUGCACAAGAUCUGAUUGUCUUGUAAGCCUUAAAGGUAAAAACAGACCACGUGAUAAGAUUGUCUUUUUGAAUCAUGGGAACUGGUAACUAAAACAAAACAAAAACUUUCUUUUGGCUUGGUGUUUUUGUUCUGUCCUGUCAUGUAAUGCAGUCUUCUACCUGUUUUUAAAUAAUAAAAUUAAAAAAUGAAUUUUAUAAUUAAAAUUCAA